GAGAGGGUUGGUCUAUUACGUACUGCUAAAGGCUGACACAACUGUUCUGAUGUCCAUGGCUAGCGUUUCCAAUGAAAUUACCUUUGAUUUCAAAAAGAAGGCGCACCAGUGGUGUAAUCAGUACUUAGGAGGAAGCUGGAGAAACAUAUCCAUAGAUGAUUUUUCCAUUCAAGUGUUAGGAGGUGGCCUGAGCAACAAGUUAUACAUUUGUUCCCUCCCCGAAAGUUAUGGAGUUGGGAAAGAAGAGAGGAGAAAAGUUGUCUUGCGCAUCUAUGGUCCGCUGUACGAUGAACUUGUCACAAGUAUUGGUUGCCUAAUUGCAGAUUCGGUUGUUUUUGCCUUGCUUUCAGAAUGGAAUAUUGGACCAAAGCUUUUUGCUAUAUUUCCUGAGGGUAGAUUGGAGGAAUUACUUAUGGCAAAAAGUCUUGCAAGAGAGGAUCUGGCAAAACCUGAAUUGUCAGUGAGAAUUGCACAGAAAACGGCGGAGUAUCAUCAAUUACAACUACCCCUCUGCAAGGAUCCAGAUUAUUUAUGGAACACAAUAUCUGAAUGGAGCAAAGAAGCUUUGCAAACACAUUUUAAUGAACAAGAUAAAGCUGUGAAGUUGGCCAAACUCAAAAGUAUAGAUUUAAAAAAAGAAUAUGAUUUUUUAAGAAACUAUUUAGAAAUGGCAACUUCACCAGGACCAGUUACAUUUUGCCAUAAUGAUCUCCAACAAGGCAAUAUUUUGAGAGUCUCCAAAGAACUGCAAGAAAAUAAUGAAGAAGAUUUUGACUUAAAGCUGAUAGACUUUGAAUUUAGUGCCUACAAUUACAGGGCUUUUGACUUAGCAAACCAUUUUUGUGAGUGGAUGUUUGACUACUCUGUUCCUCCUCCACAAUACUUUUCCAUGUCUCUUAAAAGUUGGCCCAGCAAAGAACAACAGUUGAUCUUCAUCAGAGCGUACCUUGGAAAAGAUACAAAGGAAAAUAAUUAUACUUCAGCUGAGUGUACAAUAGAGGAAUCAGAAUUGUUAGAUCAAGUGAACAGAUUUGCCCUGGCUUCACACUUCAUGUGGGGUCUGUGGGGAGUUGUACAAGAGCGAUUGAACUCUGCCGGUAACGGAAUCCAAUUUAAUUAUUUGGAUUAUGGCUUGGCACGAUUCGAAGCUUAUCAUCAUCGCAAGAAAGAGUUAGGUCUCAUUUAAAGACCACCAUUAUCUGACAUAUAGAUGUAUAAGAAUGAUAUACUUCUAGCACCAAUUUACGUAUAGAAAAGUAAGUUAUAUGAAUACUCUAAGGAAGUUAUAAUAAUUGUCAAGAUCAAAAUUUUUUAUAAGAUUUACAGAAUUUGUUAAUGUGUGACUUUUUUCUUGUUCCCGUGUAUGUAGACAGUAUAAAAAACGCUCUCGUUUCUAUACUUUUUAAUGCUUUUCUUGAAAUUAUGUUAAUAUACAUGUUUAAAAUUGAUUAUUGUACAUGGACAUACAAUAAGAAAGUAAUAUAUCAAUUAUAUUAAGAUUUCUACCUCAUAAAAAGGAUAAUGAGCGAUAUUUUAGUAGUUAAAAGAAUUUGGUCUCGAAAAGUAUCAAGGUUUUACAAUGUGAAAGUUUGGGCCGAUGGUAAUAUUCUAAUGACUCAAUUUUGCAUGCUUUGUCAAAUUUUGGUGUGAAUUUGUUAGAGUUGGAUCGUGUGAUGUGCGCGAGGGGUGGAAUGCAAUAGAAGUUAUAUUAAGGUUGUUUUAAAGAUUGUCGUAGUUAUAGAGGAGGUCAGGGAAAACAGAAAAAUUUCAAGGUGUCAGGGGUGAAGAAAUGGAGAGAUUCUUGUAAGUGAGUUUAUGAUUAAGAUGUGGAUGCAGAUGUUAUUUUGUGGUUUUCGUUUUGUCGCUCUAAAGGACUUAGUAUGGUCCAAGCGAAAACAAAGUAAUAGCCUUCCCUUAGUCAAACAAGAUAAAAGGUAAGAUUUCACCGAAAUCUCGGUAUAGCAAGGGUCACACAAGAUCAAGCUGAGGGAAGAUUUUUUUUUGUACUUGUAUAUCAAAUAAACAAGCUCUUACAAAAAUGUUAUUCGGGUUCUCCCUAAGUGUAUGACUCCAUGGUCGAAAUAAAGUCAACCAACCUUCCUU